AUGGGGCAUAAUACAACCAUACUAACACGCAGACGCAGAUUUUACUCUUUCCGCCGUCUUCCGCGGUCCUCAACUUUGAAAUUCAUUCUCCUAAUUUUCUUUCUUUGGGAUUCGAUACAUUGCAUCUCCUUGUACCUUCAUCAGACUGCAGCGUUACGGACACCGCCACCCCCGCCUAAUGCAAAGCGCAUCUACAUAGCUGCGCAACAUUACAACUCAGCACGCCUCCUACGGGAACAUUGGAAUGAAGCUCUAUACAAAUUGGUGAAAGAGUUGGGCGUCGACAAUGUAUUCGUUUCAAUAUACGAAAGUGGAUCCUACGAUGAAACACAACAAGCCCUGAGAGAGCUCGAAGCAAACCUGGAGGUACUGCAAGUUAGGAAGGAAGUUGUGUUGUCAAAAUUGACCCAUAAGGAGGAAAUCGCAGCGCAACCUACAGAGCAUGGCUGGAUCGACACACCGGCCGGUGUGCAUGCACUGCGGCGCAUACCUUUCCUGGCAAGCAUCCGGAACAAGGUCUUCCAACCUCUUGAAGCAUUAACGGCUCAAGGCGAGCAUUUUGAUACCAUCCUGUUCUUGAACGAUGUCGCUUUCAACACUGAAGAUGUGCUGAGGAUACUUGACACGAACGGCGGUAACUACGCGGCAGCAUGCUCGUUGGACUUCUCGAAGCCUCCAUACUUCUACGACACCUUCGCGCUAAGAGACUCGCAAGGGCAUGAAGCCAUCCUGCAGACAUGGCCGUACUUCAGAUCAUAUGCAUCCAGGCAUGCUGCGGAAAGAUUCUUACCAGUUCCUGUCACUUCGUGUUGGAAUGGCAUGGUUGCAAUGCCUGCCGGACCCUUUCUUGGAGACCAUGCUCUCCGCUUUCGGGGCACCAACGACUCGCUUGCCAGGCAUCAUCUUGAGGGAUCAGAGUGCUGCUUGAUCCAUGCCGACAACCCACUGUCCGCUACCAAAGGCAUCUUCCUGAACGCUGCUGUGCAGGUUGGCUAUAAUAUGACCGCCUACAAUGCUGUGCACUCUCCAGAUGCAGUCAUGUCGCCUCUUCGAAUGUACACGCGGAUUUGGCAAAGCCGGAUACUGAGGUGGUCCACAACACCCUUAUUCAAGGAGCGUGUGGUGCAUAACAGGGUGACCAAGUGGGCAGAGGAGACUAAGGAAAAGGAACCGGGUGAAUAUUGCCUGGUGAACGAGAUGCAGGUCAUCUUUGAGAGGGGGUGGAAGCACGUCUAG